GUGAACUUCCACAACAAUAAACACUUGUGCAUGAGUGUCAAAGGGUAAAUAAUCUCUCUGGGUGAUAAAUAAUGCUUGCGAAGAAUUCGGUGAUUAUUUCAAUUAUCAGUUGUUUCAGUCCACUCCCUGAAGGAUUAAAUCAUCCAGUGGGGUUUUUUCCAUUGUUGGGCAAUGUGGUGUUGACUGGAUAAUUUCAACAGCCAUUGUGGCAUAGAUGAUGUAUUUUUGUUGAAAUUUACGGAAUUGGGAAUUGUUAACAAUCCAGAUUGAGUAACAAUUUGCACAAAAUGCCAGAACGAACAACCCCGGAUCAGUACUCCACGUGGGUGGGACUUAUUUACGUGUUCAAUCUGAUUGUUGGAACUGGUGCACUAACACUGCCAGCAGCUUUCAAUCGAGCAGGAUGGGCCCUCGGACUGUGUGUGAUCCUUAUUCUAGCCUUUAUCAGUUUCGUGACUGUAACAUUCGUCAUCGAGACAAUGGCAUCUGCGAAUGCCAUUCUGACAUGGCAGAGGAUACAAGAUAGGAAAAAAGUUUCUGGUGAGUCCGGCCUCUCCCAUUCUGAUUCUGAGGACACCCCCCUAGUCUCUCCAGUUGCCAAUUCACCAGACCGUGCAUCCACAUCCUGCAGGUACUACAUGAUCAAUGAGAAGAUAGAAAUGGGAGAGAUGGCAUCCAUAUUCUUCAACAAGCUGGGCACCACUCUGUUUUACAUUUGUCUGGCUGUCUAUUUGUACGGAGAUCUGAGCAUUUAUGGAGCUGCUAUUGGCAAAUCAAUGGCCGACGUGGCCUGCACGUAUCAGCCUGCCAAUCUGACGUGCAACGACACCAUUCCUGAUGACGUUCUCUGCUGGGAAGGCUCCACUGUGAAUCGGCUGGUUGCCUAUAGAAUCUUUUUGACAAUCUUCAUCAUAGCUCUGGGUCCAUUCGUCUUCUUCAAUGUCCAGAAGACGAAGUAUCUUCAGGUCAUGACGUCGAUGAUGCGGUGGAUGGCCUUUGCGAUCAUGAUUACAUAUGCUGCCAGAACUUUAAUUAUUUCUGGACCGCAAAAUUCACCCCCAGCUGUUAACAUAUUGGGUACUCCUGGACUCUUUGGUGCCUGCGUCUACUCAUUCAUGUGUCAUCACUCUCUGCCCGCACUGGUCGCCCCGAUCUCAAACAAAUCCACCCUAAAACGUUCCCUCGUCCUGGACUACGUUCUCAUUGCCUCGUUCUACCUUCUCCUGGCAUUAACCGGUGCAUUUGCCUUCAGACACAUAGACGACCUGUACACCCUGGACUUUGGCCCGCGUGGGUCUGGAGACUGCACCACCAGUACCAACAUCUUCGUGGUAAUAACAGAAUAUUUCCUAGCUCUAUUUCCUGUCUUCACUCUAUCCACUAGCUUUCCUAUUAUAGCUAUUACUCUGAGAAAUAACUUGCAGUCGUUGUUUCUCAAUAAAGACAAUACGUACAAUUUUUGCUUGAGGAAAGUAACAUUCCCCAUUCUGGCUGUUGUCCCACCUUAUGUCAUUGCAAUGACAACCAAAGACUUAUCGAUAUUGGUGAGCAUAACUGGAUCAUAUGCCGGGGCUGGUAUUCAGUAUCUGAUACCCGCCUUCCUGGUUUAUUAUGCUAGAAAAAAGACUAAUGAUGUUAUAGGACUGGGAGUGACGAAUACAUUCGCCAGUCCUUUCUCCAGUCACUACUGGCUCUCUUUCGUUGUUCUUUGGGCAUUUGCCUGCAUGAUCAUUGUUUCAGUUAAUCUUUACGAAAUUCAGUCGGUUUCAUGACAUAGAAGUAUUAUGUCACAUUUUUUAUAAGAAUAUUUUUCUGUCAUCAUUAUGGUUUUCUCGAAUGAAUGUAUAAAUUUUCAUUUAGAAUGUAUAAACAUUUAGAAUGUAUAAAUUUUCUACACAAAAUAUUUUCUAACCGAAAUUUCAAUUCUGAUUAAUGCAUUAAAAAGUGCCAGAAUUUUUUUAUACAAAACGUGACGUAUAACCGUUAUGUCACAUUUUUAUAAACUAUUUUGCUGAUAGUACUCUCUACUUUGUUCUCUCCAUUGUCAGGAGAUGCAACUUUUAGACAUAGGUAAACAUUUGCAGGAUUUGAAUCUCUUCUGUGUCUGACAAUAGAUACACUAAUUACGGAAUUAAGAAGUUGAUUGAGAAAUAGUUGCAUACAUUAGUGAAAGCAAACGUGUGUCUGAGAUACGUAUAGUGUUUCUUGUAAAAGUCUGAACAAAAGUGUGUGAAGGAAUUUAAUAGAAAUCCCUAGGUAAUUCGUGAGACACUUUUAUUAGAGUGUUAAUAGUUUAUGGUCGAUUUUAUUGGAAUAAUCUGUUAAAAAUAUUCAUCUCAUUGAGAUGUUUUUUAUUCAAGUUUUUGUGGCAUAUUUUUCAUUGAGGAUUUUGAUAGAAUUGACCAAAAAUGAAGCAAAUUGUCUUUUAUUAAAUGUUGUCAUUCAUUAUAAGUGUGCAUUAAAAAAUUGUGAUUCAUAGUUGAAGACAAAUAAUAGAUGUUGAUAUUUUUUCAUCAUAAAAAGUCUUCAAGAAAGUGUCAAAUGUUGAUGUUAGUGUGUAUGAAAAUAAAACAAUAUAAUGUUGAAGGA